GGGUUGUUGGUGUUUUGGUCACCCCCUCUGCUAUGAAGUCACCAGGUCUGUGAGGUCACGGUACGUGGUGACGCUAGCAACGUUGGCGUGCCCUGCGUGCUAUUCGUCCGCUCGCUUUCUUGCACUCUCCCCCCUCCCUUCUCCAUGCAGCUCUGAGGAGGCGAUAGUGGUGGCUCACGGGCAGCCCGGGGCCUAGUUGAAGGGGCCGGGCUGGCGCGGGCAGAGGGGGUCCCAUCGCCAUGGAGGGGAUGGACGUGGACCUGGACGCCGAGCUAAUGCAGAAGUUCAGCUGCUUGGGAACCACCGACAAGGACGUACUCAUUGGCGAGUUCCAGCGGCUUCUCGGCUUUCAGCUCAGCCCGGCCGGCUGCGCCUUCUUCCUGGACAUGACGAACUGGAACUUACAAGCAGCCAUUGGAGCCUACUAUGAUUUUGAGAGUCCAAACAUCAAUGUGCCCUCCAUGUCCUUUGUUGAAGAUGUGACUAUAGGAGAAGGAGAGUCCAUCCCUCCCGACACCCAGUUUACGAAAACAUGGAGGAUACAAAACACAGGAACAGAAGCAUGGCCUCCAGGUGUUUGUCUUAAGUACGUUGGGGGAGACCAGUUUGGCCAUGUGAACAUGGUGAUGGUCCGAUCAUUGGAGCCCCAGGAGAUUGCAGAUGUCAGUGUACAGAUGUGCAGCCCCAGUACUGCGGGAAUGUAUCAAGGACAGUGGCGAAUGUGCACUGCCACAGGACUCUAUUAUGGAGACAUCAUCUGGGUGAUCCUCAGUGUGGAAGUUGGAGGACUUUUAGGAGUAACGCAGCAGCUGUCGUCUUUUGAAACUGAGUUCAACACACAACCGCAUCGCAAGGUAGAAGGAAACUUUAACCCAUUCGCCUCUCCGCAGAAGAACAGGCAACCAGAUGAAAACAACCUAAAAGACCCUGGGGGUUCUGAGCUAGACACAAUCAGCAAAAACACAUGGGGGCCUGCUCCUGACCAAAUUGAACAAGAUCAGACUGAACUGUCACAAAACUCUGUAAAUCUCUCCCCCAGCAGUCACUCGAACAACUUAUCAGUAGUGACAUACAGUAAGGGUUUUCAUGGUCCUUAUCCAUUUGGACAGUCUUAAAAACAAAAACGGGUAUCGUCAAGAGGAGAAUUUGACAAAGAACAGACUUGGGAGGGAGGGGGAGUUCUUGUGGCUUAUAGAAGAUACAGCAUGAACCCCCUUCUUGGUCUCCAUAUCCUGGGAUAAGAAGAAAACAAACAAUAACUUAAGACUAGUUGUUUCCAGAAAAAAAAAACUAAACUAAAGUAUGCAUGUGUGAAUGCUGAAUUUCAGGAGUGCUGUUCAGUGCUAUAUGAGAGAGAAAAAUACACCAAUGUUUUGUUUAGAAGUCAUUGUCACAGUUAAUUAAGUAGACUAAAAGAAGUUUUUUAAAAAAAGAUUCAAAUGGAAAAGCCAUCUCUUUUUAAAAGAAAUAAUUUUGCCUACAGAGAAGUUGUAGUCUGAGCAAAAGUUAAUUUUUUGUUCCUUGUUCAUAACUUUUUAUAAAAGGGACAGCGUGCAUUUUUAUGGAGAUGUGCUUGCUAUGAAAUGGAAGCUUGCUUAGCUUUUUCUUGGUUAGUGCAGCUGCUAUGUGUUUGUCAGAUGGUAUUAAUUUCUAGCUAGAUUAAUACCCAGAUCCAUGAAUUUUAAUCACAUCUUUUUUUUAGUUAUUUAUCAUUAGUCUGCUUUUGGUAUCGUUCUUCUGGGCAUGGUGUGCAUUAGUCAUCCACUAGUUCUUUUCUAUUUCAUAAAGUUGCUCAGAUCCAGUUUUGCCAUUUGUUGUGCAGGACAAGAAUGCAGAGAGGGCAAAAAAGACUGAGAUGAUGGAAGAAGGUUGCUUUGUGCUUUCAUAAUGGCACAUGCUCUUACUCAACUUCCAAAAGUUUGCCUUGAAUGGUUAGCAUAUUGAAAUAUUCCCAUGUUCAUUAAUGUACUAUAACUGUCUUUGACACAGCUAUGCAUGUAUGUGUCACUUUUGUGCCAAGAAGUAAUUUGAUUUUCCAGAGUGGUAGAGCACCAAUUAUUAAAUUUUUGUGUCACUUCUAGAUGUAAAUUUCACAUCUUCUGUUUUAUAUUGAGAUAACCACUUUGAUUCUUCAGUGAUAAAAAUACUAGCUUGUUGGCAGAGACUAAAUUGCUUUGAACAUAUGGGAGAAAAAAGAACGAACAGCUGCCACUCUCAGUAAUUCCUUCUGUUUGUCAGCUUUCUUGUUCUCUGAACCUUUGGUUUUCUAGACUGGGCUUUGUGUGUGUGUGUGCGUGCGCAUGUAUCAAGAGUGUGGAGGUGUUUCAGGUCGAACUGUAUGCCACCCAUGAAGAAUGAUAGCCAUAUAACUGAGGCCAAGCUAUCCAGUUCCAUAGAGAAUUAACAGAGCAGGGUCUCUAGAAACUCUUGGGUUUUGCAUCAGUUUAAGACUUUGAAAAAAGAGGAGGGAGGUUCUGUCUAAUUCAGAAACUUGAACUAGGCCACAGCAGCCAUCUGCCAAAGAUAGAAUAAUAUGCAAUGCCCCCCUUCCUUUCAUCUCACUCAAAAGACCAAACUGCCUACUCUGAGAUAAUAGUGGGAGUAUGAAUAUGUACUGAUUGGGAUAAUGCAGAAUGCUGUUAGGCCCAAAGUACCAUACUCCAAGCUAUCUUGUUUCAUUAAUUAGUGUAAGGAGCCUUUUUACUAUUCUGUAUAGCUGACCAGAAUCCUGUUUCCCACCAGACCACUGUGUACCACCUGCAGAGUCUAAACAGAUCUGGUUGGGAUCCUAAUAGGCAGGAGGCAUUUAGGUAUUCAGUCUUCUAGGGCAUUGAGUAUCUAACGUGAUGUUUUCGUUUUUGGAGAACAUGUAUAAUAUAAUAUUUCUGCCACCUAAAUAAUUUGAAGAAUAUAGUUUGUCAGUAUAGCCAUGAACAUUGGGACAAAUAAUUGAUUCAUCUUGAGAGGGCAAAUUAUGGGGGUGUAGAAACUAAUAAAUGCCUGCCUUUACCCCUUGAUCAUUCUCCCAGCAUGGCUCCCCAAAUACAUAUCUUAAUCAUUAUAAGCAGUAUAUUCUCCAAAUGCAAAAUAGGAUAUUGAAAUUGAUUAUGUAUAGCAUUAGUCAUGCUGGGUUUUAAUUUUUCUUGCUCUGAGCAAGCAACUUUUUUGAUAGACAAGUGAAAAAUUGAGUGCAUUGUAUGGGUUUGGGUGUGCGUGCACAUGUGUGUGUGUGUGUGUGUGUGUGUGUGUAAGAGAGAGAGAGCAUGUCCUAGUGGCAAUAUUGGAAGUCAGUCACAACUGGCAACUACCAAAACAAGUCAAAACAGCUUCAGUUUUCUCUUUAGGUUAGUUGUUCACAAACUUCGCCCUCCUAAACUGGCAAAUGUUGUGGAGACUGUUCUGUUUUUCCACUGUGCAGCAGGAAAGCUGAUAUUUACUGCCAGUUACUGUUCUUUUAUAACAGGUAGGGAUGCUCAUUCUGUGCAGGUCAUCUUGAAUGCUAUCUCCUCUUUAGAGUGAAUGCUAGUGAUUCCAUAGUCACUCUACUGAGAAAGGCAAAAGCUAGAGCCAGGACCCUGCUGGGUUGCAGUAAAAGUUGUCCUCUUAUUGUUACUCGUUCUUGAGAUCUUUCUGGGGAUAAAUAUUGUUUUUCUCUCUGGGGAUGAUCUCUGUGUAAAUAGUUACAAAGGGCUCAUACCUGUUUGCAGGCAUUUUGAUCUGAGUGAUAAUCCUUUCAGUGAUGACAAUAGGAGGAUGUUUAAAAUGCUCAUUAUUCUGUCUCUAGUUUCUUUUCUCAAAUAUUUUCCCGUUUUAUACAAUGCCUCCUUUAUUACUUACUGAGCUUCUUAGGACUCAGAUUUAAGUUAAUUGGCUUUUAAGGCAUUGAUUAUGAUUUUGGAGCCAUUGAAAUGGCAGAAGUCAAAAUCAUGUUUGCUUGAGAGCAGCACUUUCAAACUUGAACAGCUAAGGAGGACAGGAUGUCUUUGAGUCUAUGCAUAAAGGCUUAAUUUUUGCAAGUGUGUAAUACCUGCCUCAUAAUCAUCAGGGGAAUGUGGCACUAUGAGCUGUCACCUUUUUCCUCCCCAGUAGAUGCCCUGUGGCUUCAACAGUAGGACAAGUGGAAGCUCAAUAGGUAUAGCUUUACAUAGCAUGAAGGUGUAAUAAUGGGGGAUAGCUGCACCUGUAGAAUAGCUAUAUGUCAUUAAAUCAUGACCUGUUUAUCAGAAAAAGGUGGCAGUGCCAAUUGUUGCCUAGGUUUAACCCAUGACACUGUACAGAUAUAAUCAUAUGUAGGGGGAAACAGUGUACACUGUUGAGUUUAGAAGCGGCACAGAUGUUUGGAUUGCCAAUAAUAUGUAUGCUUGAACGUUGUGAAUGGCUCUGACACUGUAAUUGCAUCAAAACAAGCUCUCUUGCCAACUUCAAAUAUAAUUGUGUACUUGCUUCUCCUUCCCUUCUGCGUGAUCUGUAGAAAUAUGUUGUGAAUAAAAUGACCCUCAGCCCUUUUUACUGAAGUGAUACUGCUUGGUCAUGGAGGAAGCUAAGCACUGCUUGACCCAUACCCCUGUCCCUGAUUUUAGACGCCUAGUGACUGAUCCUUUCUCCCCCAAAUUUAGCUUGUUUCAUGUAACAAGUGUGGUUAGCUCUGGCCCUUUCCCUAGUGAUUCUCAUUCUGGAAUAAAUGAUGGAUUCCUGAGAGGGAAAAGGCAAUUGUAAUUUAACAAAGGGAAGUUUGAAUUUUUCAUUAAUAGUACUUGUUUGCAGCAUUCUUUUUUUUUUAAUGCAAACUUAACUGUAGCCCAAGCUGUUGAGUUCAAAAACAUGCUGGUAACCUCUCCAUCUGAAAAUGUGGCAGUAGCCUAGGAUGGAAGAGCAUCCACCCACAGGGAAACUAGGCUGGCUUGGAGCCUUUUUGAGUGAUAAGCUCUGUCCCUGUUUGGAGAUGAAUGUCAAACCUGCACUAUCUGGCUGGGUUUAUGUUGUUGCUCCUAUUUGGGGCAGGUGAAAGGUGUAUCCUGAGGUCUCACAGAUUUGAGAAUGUAUAUUCAUCCCACUCACCAGCUGCUGAUGAGUGCAUCUUGAAUCUCUGCUGGUACAAGUAUAGCUGGAGUACUCUGAGGCUAAGAAAUGCACGCUGUCCCAUGUCUGGGUUUCCAUUGUUUUUUUUUUUUUCUCUUGAGUGAGUGGUUGAUUCUGCAGCCUGUCUUUAUUCUCUCUGGGGGGAGUGCAUGUGUAGAGCAGGAUGGUGUGUUGCUUCAUUGAGUCUGGGAAGAAUCCUGUAAUAGCACAUUGUGGGGGAAAACAAAGAUGCUUUUUCCUUAACGUAUAAAUGAAUAUUUGUAUGAUUAAAUUAACACAAAAUGA